UACCGAGUUAGAGUUAUUUGUGCGGCCGUGAGGAGAAGACGCGGGAGGAGGCACACAGGAUUUAUUCAGUUGGCCGCUUCUUAUGUGCAAUCCAGUGUAGUGUAGGAGGUGGAGAGGGAGCAUAAUCCGGUGCUUAUGUUUAUGUGUUAGUGUGUGUGUGUGUGUAAAGUGUUGGCUGUGAACAGAGAAAACAACUCCGAUGCGGGAAUUGUGUGUCGAAAGAAUCGCCAUGAGCACAAGAGUUGCUUUGCCGAUGCACACGGGCUGCUGCACUAUGUCGGAGCUACGGCGUCAGCUCCUCCCCAGCCCCCCACCUACCCAGGACCGCACUGCCCAUGUUCGGAGAAACCUGUUUGGACCGAUAGACCGCGACGAAAACCUCAAGUUCGCGCAGGAUGAGAUGAACAAGGUAUCGCAGGCCAGCUGCAAGCGGUGGAACUUUGAUUUCAAGGCCGAGAAGCCGAAAGAAGGCCGCUACAACUGGGAGCCUGUUGGUGAAGCCGUGCCACAGGCCUAUGAGAUGCCUAGACUCACUGCUCUCACCACACACGCCACAACCACACCUCACACCACCAUAACCGCACCCAAACCCGUGCAUAAAACUGUACCUGAGUGUUCGAGCUCGACCAAGAGCGAACAGCAACCCUCCACGUCGAGCACGCCCGUCACGGGGUCCGACACACCCACGCCCACCACAACCAGUACAUCCAUAUCAACUGCCAAACUGCCCACCCCCGCUGGAAGCAGUAAAGCAUCGCCAGCCAGCCAGAGCAUACGGAAAGCAGUAAAGCUGGACAGAAGAGAAAGCAGCAGGAAGAAAACUAUAGCCACGACGAGAAUUACAAGGAAAACUGCCCAGCCUCCAGUAACAGAUUACCUGAGGAUCCGCAAGAGCAAGCGGCCGGCGUCCAAGCUGGAGGAGGACCCGCCGCCCGCCCUCGUCAAGCGCACCAAGACGACGUCCUCGUAAUGGCUCUCGGUCCCCGCGCCGCCGGGCAGCGCCACUGCCUCCGCCGCCGACUCUCCCCCGCCACCGCGCCACUCCAGCGCCGCCUGACGUCCGCUCGCGGCGGGGCGACAGGCGGGGAUGCCACAGUGCCACGGGCUGCGUGGCACCGAGGGCGGCCCGAGAGAGGAAGGGGCGACCAGGGUCAAAACGCCAGGAAUCCUCGACGGGCGUGUGUGUGUCUGCGUGUGUCUGUGUUCCCAAGUGGCUCCCUCUCGCCGCCCUUGGUCUUCGGCCGUCAAGAUCUCACGCUUCUGCCUUCCCCGGGCCUGGUGGCGCAGAGGCGGCAGCGGCGGGCGGGCGGG